CAACCACACACGCACACACACACGUUCAACCUCUCUCACACACACACACACACACACACACACACACACACACACACACACACACACACACACACACACACACACACACACACACACACACACACACACACACACACACACACACAUAGCUGGCCCAGCUGCUCGGAACCAUGACAGAAGAUGACGGAUACGGUUGUCGCGGAGGGACAAGUCAAGUUCAGAGAUGGAAAAAAGUGGAAGACUCGGUGGGUCGUCCUUCGGAAACCGUCUCCAGUCGCAGACUGUCUGUCUCUGCUGGUGUACAAAGACAAGAGGAAAUCCAAGGAUAAGGAGAAGAGCCAAUACCACAAAGAGAGGCUCAACGUGAAGAUAGAGGCGAUCUGCGGCUUGGAGCCGGGGCCGGGGUACGACGGCGUCUCCUACUCCCUCUCCAUCCUGUGCCUGACCUACAGCGUGGCGCUGGGCUUCAGCAGCCGCGAGGCCGCCAGCGCCUGGGAGGCCCGCAUCCGCUACAGCCUGGGAGAAGGCCUCAAACUACUUCCCUCCAGAACUUUUACCCAGUGCCGGCUGUCGGAGUACAUCAGAGCCGUCGCAGACGUCUGA